AUGCGGAAGCAUAGGCGCCUAGCCAGCCGUCCGCCACCAUUAACACCGAGAGAGGGAACACACGCAGCCGCCAAAUGGUCGCCACAGCAGCCACGCGCAGAUGUCAAAACUGUUUUGCCGAAGAGGCCCCCAUCGUUCCCCUUGGAUGCUCACGAUGCUCUAGACGCUGCAUUUUCUUCUCCACCUGAAUUCGAGCCGCCGAGACAAGGCAGCUCAGUUGACGUAACUGCGUUGCCAGGGAGAGAAAGCCUCUCUUUGCGUUCAUUGCUUUCGAGGCAGCUUCUGGUGUGGGGCCCUGAACAGCAGCAGGUGCUUCCCGGAUCACGCGUCUUGUUAAUUGGUGCUGGAGCAGUGGCGGUCGAGGCAGCCAAGUGCUUGUUGCAAUCAGGGGUUGGCUGCCUUCUUCUGGUGGACCCUGAGGCGCCGGCCCCUGAAGAGAGAGCGGCAAAUUUUGCCCUUUCUGGCCACAAGGAGCAACAAGAAAUAGUGGCAACAACUGCAGAUGAAACUGCUGCAGCUACUGCUGCCAGAAGUGCCACCAAUUCAGCGCCUUGUGAUUCUUCAGGCCGCUUCGAAAGACAUCAGACUGGACUAUCUGCCUGUCUUCGACAGCUUCCCAAGCAGCAGCAAGCGCAGCCCAUGAAUCGCGCUAGAAUCGCCUGUGCAGCUCUUCAGCAUAUUAAAGCUCCUUAUGCUCGCGUCGCUGAGGUGUCUUUACACAUUCGGCCUGGGGAGACGGUGGCUGCAUGGCGCAGGCGUGUGGAGAACCUGCUUCAGCAUGUCGAUGUGCUGCUGCUCUGUGAUAGGCCUCUGCAACAGAAUAUAUUCUUUUCGUCUGUAGCUCGCAAACUGAGGGCGCAGCAAAGAGUGAGAAGAGGGCAGCUAGAACAGAAACAAGAGCUGAGGAGUGGCCCACUUGUAGUGGCGGUCUCCACAGCUGGCCUCAGCGGGCGAAUCGCCGUUGACUUUGGCAAUUUCACAUUUUCUGCAGUGAGCGAAGAAGCUGCUCUUGCAUCACUUCUACACAAGCAUGCGCAGCCACAGAAACAGGAACGGCAGCAGGAACCGCAAACUGGGCGCCUAAGUUUUUACCCGUUGAGCAGCAUUCUGUUUCUCCCAGAGUCAAUACAGCAGUUAGAGCCGCCGAAGCGUCGGGCAGUCCACCUGCCAGCUGAUGAGGAGCAACAGUACCUGACUUCUGCAUUUGAAGCCCUUGAUGCAGCAGAGAGUGAGGGACAAGCUGUGAGCACUGAUCCAGCCCAACUAUUUGGAUCAACAGCUGAGGCAGGUUCCACAGCAGCGGCAGCUGCAGCUGGGAGUCUCAGAAGCUGGAGCGCUAGCCGUAUUCCUAGUGCUCGUCGUGUUGCAGAACGUGCAGCUUCUAUCUGGAGGCGGCGAUAUGGGCCGACUGUGGCAGCUUCAGCGGCUGCAGGCGCAGCAGCGGCGGCAAGGGCUUCUAACCAGACCGCAGUCGCAGUCAAGGCUGCUGCAGAAGCAGCAGCUUCUGCUGCGCUUCUGAAGGGAGAGGCAGUGGCUGGGCGUGUAGGAGGCCUCAUGGCAAAGGGCUCAAGGGGUCACAUUGCUCCAAUCGCAGCCGCAAUGGGCGCCCUGGCAGCUCAGGAAGCGCUGAAGGGUCUUACUCGGAAGUAUCGGCCUCUGCAGGGACCUUUCGUGCUAGAUGCUCUGGAAUUGCUGGAACUAAUCAAGCACAGAGGCAUUAACGGUGGCGCUGUUCGUGGAAGCAGGGUUAUUGGCACCAGCAGCAAUGAGGACAGCAGCAACAGCAACAGAAGCAGUAACAAGAGAGAUCUAACAACAAAUUGCCUUUUAGCGAGUGGGCCAGCAGUGUGUGCUGCAACCAACGUAGAUGCCGCAGGGCCCGAGAGAUGUGAUUCCGUAGAGGUGCAUGCAAAGUCUCUUCCUUGGGAGGGACAGCAGCAACUCCUAGGAGCGGAGCUGCAGAGCCGUUUAAACCAUUUGCGAGUCCUAUUAGUGGGAGCUGGCGCUAUUGGAUGUGAAGUGCUCAAAAAUUUUGCCCUCAUGGGCGUGUCUACACACUGCAAAGAUACCCAUAAGAGCAACAACAAGUUCCAAAGCUGCAAACAGAACUCCGGCGGGAGCUUUAUCAGAGACACGCCAAAGAAAAAGAAGCAUUCUAUUAUUUCACAGCUGCUUAUGGCGUGCAGGUACGGAUUAAAAUCCGUAGAGCUUGAGGGAGCUGCUCUCACAACAGUUCAAACAGCGGCACCAGCCACAGCAAGACCUGCAGCGGCGAUUCCUGGCGUAGAGACUUGCCAAGGCGGAUUAUUGUCUUUGAUGGACGGGGACACCGUGGAGAUGUCAAACCUCAGCAGACAAGUUCUCUUUACUGUGGCAUCUUUGCAGCAGCCCAAGUCUGUUGCCGCUGCUGCUGCAGCCCUCCGUCUCUGCAGCCGCGUGCGCUUGCAGGCAUUCCCAUUCAUGCUGUCUCCGCACACCCUCUGGCGCCUUCCACCGAUGUAUAUUCAAGAUCAGGACUUGAUGGUGGCUGCUUUGGACUCAGUAAAUGCUCGUUUAUACGUUGAUGAACUUUGUUUACUUCAUUCCAAGCCGUGGGUGGAGGCUGGCACCCUCGGUCUUAGAGGUCACGCACAGAGCAUGGUGCCGCAUCUGACAGAACAUUACGGCGCAGCAACAGGAGGCGUCAGUACCUCUCCAGCAGCAAACUCUUUGUCGGCUGUUCCCGUUUGUUCUGUUCGAGGAGCCCCGACUGCUCCAUUUCACGCGGUGCACUGGGCCUCAGAUCAGCUCCAGCAGAGAUUCAGAAACGAUAUCGCUGCUGCUCACGUGCUUCUCCAGCAGCUUUUUGAACAGAAAAUGCAUGUACCUGCAGGCACUAGCGCUGCUGGGCAAGGGCUUUCGAGAGCUGAUGCAGGAGCUCGUUCCCCAGCUUGUGGCGCUGCUCUGGACCCAAAUAACACUGACAUCCAAGAAGCCCUUCGCAUUUUGGGCGUGGCUCCUGCUGCUGUGGCUGCUGCCGCAGCUGGACGGUUGCAGCUCCGAUUUUUGCUGCUGCUUGCCCGUGAGAUCUUGAAGGCUCAGCAAAUUAAGACGACGGAGACAGAGCCGCAGCCGCUGGAGCAGCCGCAGCUGCCAUUCCAGCAUCAAGGAGAGCAGGCGAUGGCUCGAAACGAAAUCUCUCCCUUGUCACCCACGCACCUAAGACUUCUUUUGCUUUCAUUGUCCAUAUUUGGCGUUCUAUUUCGCAGGGUCGCUCGCGAAAAGACGGAAGGCAAACUUUCAAAUGCGUCUGAUGAACCUUUGGGUGAAGCGGUCGAAAUAAAAUGUUCUAAGCAAAUGCUUAUGCCUUUGGACUUUACAGAUGCAGAUACACUUGACCUUGUUGGUGCUUCUGGGCAGCUGCUUGCAGCCACCCUUGGCUAUGAACCUGUUGCCGGGAUGACGCCGUCUUUGGCGUGCGCAGAUGCAAACGCAGCAGCCGCCUUGCAACAGCAACAAGAACACGAGUUAUUGCUGCAAGGAAGAGGGACUGGGCCUUGGAGCCGCCAGUGCGUAGCAAGUGCCCUGUGGCACCUUGUGCAAUUGUCACAGGCCCAAGCUCGAAGGACAUCGUUAGACAGCUGUGAAUUGUUGGCGCAAACAGAAAACAGUGCCAGUCUUGCUUCUCUCGCUGAGGCGUUGAUGAGGGAUGUGCAAGCGGUAGAACGAGCAGGCAACUAUGCCUUGAGCGCUCCUGCAAAACUGUCGCUUUCGGCUGACUAUGCCGUUCCCCUCCGUUUUCUGACCUCUGCAGCGCGGCUGCGAUGCAGAGCCUUCGGGCUGAAGCCGCUACCGGGCCCUGAAGAAACGCAGCAGCUGAUAGGCCGCAUAGUCCCUGCAACUGCCACAUCGACAACCCUUGCUGCAGCACUUGCCUGCCUUGAGGUAUACAGACUGGUCGCUCUAGGUCUUGCAGGUUCACGCACAAGCCAGCGCUUGCAGCAGCGGCGAGAACAGCAGCAGCAGAAACACGUACGGGACAAGCAAAGUGGGCUUCCUGUCAUCUGGCUGGACACCGGGACCUGCUGGAAAGGGCAUACAGCCUUGCAGUCACGACUGCAGCAUCUGCGCAAUAGCUUUUUCUCACUUUCAGUACCCUUCCUGGCUGAAGCGCCUCCUCUCGAACCACCAACGCAGCUUUUUCCCAGCGGCCGGCGGUGCGGUCAACCGUUUUCCGCGUGGGACUUUUUCCGCCUGCGUGUCCGUGGCCACGCACUGAACAGCACCACUGAGUCGCUUAUAGGCAAAGGAGUCGUCGCAGGAGAAGCAGAAGCAUCAGAGGCGAUUACAGUUGCAGAUCUUGUGGACCUCAUAGAGAAGGAUACAGGCUUUCGUGUUGUGUCUCUAACAUGCAAGGAAGCCCUCCUUUACGCUGCCCCACAAGAUGGCAAAUUUCUGCAGCAACAGCAGCAGAGCACGCUACCGCCAAAGAUAGCGAGGCUGUUUGGAGUACGGCAGCGAAAGGUUCUCAUCAAUCCAAGAAUUAAGCUCGCCGAGGCACUGCGACAGUCACUACGAGGGGCGACUCUGUUGGCCAGUCACGGCCAAAGAAAAGAAGCCUGGCUUCGGCGGCAGAUGAAUCAACCUAGACAGCAGGACGGUCUUUCGUGGGUUGUAGUCCGCAUUACGGCUUCCGAUUCUGCGGGGGUAGAAGUUACUCUCCCGCCCCUUAAGGUCCUGGUUAGGUCUGUACAAUUUGAAGACUAA